ACUAUGGCAGUUACGGUAAAUCUCGCGAAUCUGAGAGCGUCGACGGCGAUCAGCUCAACGUGCCAUCGCGGAGCAACGAAUCCAAGGCCAGCCUCAGUGGCGUCGAGUGGGCGCUCGUCGCUGGUGUCCCAGAAACCGUCAUUAGGUGGCUCUGCAAGCCAACGUGCAACCUCGGUCAGAAGAAUUAGGAACUUGUUGGACUUGGAGUCCACGAGGAACAUACCUACCCCAACGCCUACCAGAACUCAGGAUCAAAGACUGCUAGAUAUUAAUCCUGCAGAUUCGUAUUCUAUGGAAAAAAUGAGGAAAUGUUGUUUCUGGCAAGACUAGCGGACGAUCCGGCCAAUGAAUGCAAAGCCAUGGGACGAUCCGGCCAAUGAAGAUCAGCAGACGAUCCGGCCAAUGAAGGCAAAAUCAGUGGACAAUCUGGCCAAUGAAGGCAAGACCAAGGGACGAUCCAGCCAAUGAGGGCAAGAUCAGGGAACGAUCCGGCCAAUGAAGGCAAGACCAGGGAAUGGUGUAGCCGAUGACGAUGGAUAAUAGAUUAUAGACUCAUCUAAUCGUUGCCAUUACGUCACUCUGUCUGUAUCAAAUAUUUCAAAUAUCCAUCGUUAUUCCCUAAUCACAAGUUGAAUAUGCGUCUAAAAUUUUAUAUAAUUAAUCUGAUUAUUUGCGGAGUUAUCGUUUGACAAAGUUGAUUUUAUUCAUCAUAACUAUUUCUGUAGUUAGUUCAUUUUUCUAUACAGCAUUUUUCACAUACCGCCAUAAGUAGAAAGCUAAAAGAUUAAGGUUCAGUGAUCUCGAAGGCCACAAAACUGGUCCUUGUUGGUCUAUCCGAUGAUUUAGGAAUUCCGCAUCUAAAAAUCUCUUAACAUCUCGAGCGAAAUGUGCAGGAGCACUAUCUUGCUGAAACCAAAAUCUUCGAUGAACAUCCAAUCAAAUGUUCCCAUGGUACUUUAAUAAAUGGUUCUGAAGAAAGUAUGUAAAUUGUACUGUUAAUUGUAAAUUUCUUUAAAAAAUGCGGUCCGAUAAUGUGACCAUUAAAUGUUCCAAUCCACACAUGGAGUCUCCUACGAUGUUUAUUCAGAAUUUGUCGGGACUAAUGACGAUUUACUGAUGAAUAAUAAUGACAACUGAGUCUAUUAAGACAUUCAGUGCUUAGAAAUAUUGCUACAUCGCUGAAAUAAACAUUCCAAAAAAAUUCGGGUUCUGUUCCUGUGUCGAGUGCCCAUUUACAAAAUUUUACUUAUACGUGGUUAUCUUCGCUUAACUUUUGCACAAAAUUAACGUCAUUUAAUGACAGUAUUGAACAGAUUAUUACAUUCAAUUAAUUGUAGAUCGAGGAAUUCUUAAUUUUCGUUCGAUUUGACAAGUGCUAACAAGUGGAUUCAAAUAACCAUGUUUAACUCGGGAAUAGUCACUUGAAGUCAUUUCAUACCCCAGUGGUCAGAAAAUGGAGCUUAUGUCGCAGUGGAUUUUUUUACUGAUCAGGAACCAAUAUGUACUAUUCACU